CUUUCCUGAAUGGGGUCUCCUCGGUGGAAGCGGCUGUGCCUUUUAUUACUCCUAGGGCUGACUUUUUCCAUCAUCCUCUAUGGGCAUUACUACGCCACGCUGGAUUCCUCCACCGGUCCCAGGACAGCGUCUAGGCUGCUACAGCAGGAGAUGGUUAGAGUACCACCAGCAGAAAUAUUCCAAGGUGCCAGGAACCAUGGUUUGACCAGAGAGAGCGUGGUAAAGAGUGGGAACCCAACCAAAGAAUCACCUAAACAAGAAAAUAUGAAUCCUACCAAGAAGAAGUCUAGUUUGUGCCCCUGGUCAUUAAAGUCCAAAGUGAAGAUGGACCCCACAUUUGGGAAGCAAUUUGAUUUUGACAUUCCAGUACUGAUGUGGGAGCAGCGCUUCACCCCAGAGACUUGGGACAGACUGAAGGAACGCAACGUCCCCUGUGGCUGGCGUGGGUUGUCCUAUGGAGUGAUCGCUUCCACAGUGCGGCUCCUCAAUGACUCUGCCGACAGCAGGCUCUUUGCCAUGACUGGGUCCCCCGACAGCUGCAUCCGCUGUGCUGUGGUGGGCAACGGGGGUAUUCUGAAUGGAUCCUGCCAAGGCAAGGAGAUAGAUGCUCAUGACUUUGUCUUCAGGAUCAAUGGGGCAGUCAUCAAAGGCUUUGAGGAAGAUGUUGGGACAAAGACCUCCUUUUAUGGUUUCACAGUAAACACCAUGAAGAAUUCUCUUAUUGCUUAUGCAGAAUAUGGCUUCACCCGGAUACCACAGGGCAAGGACAUACGGUACAUUUUCAUUCCCUCCGAUAUACGCGAUUACCUCAUGAUCAAAUCUGCUGUGUUAGGCAUCCCUGUCCCAGAAGGUAACGACAAAGGGGAUAAACCACAGAAAUACUUUGGCUCUGAAGCAUCUGUAGGCAAGUUCAAGCUGCUGCACCCAGAAUUCCUGCACUAUCUAACCGAGAGGUUUUUGAGAUCUGAAAUACUAAACACUCAGUUUGGGCAUCUCUACAUGCCCAGCACUGGUGCCCUGAUGCUUCUAACAGCUCUGCACACCUGUGACCAGGUCAGCGCCUACGGCUUCAUCACAGAGAACUACAAGAAGUUCUCCGACCACUAUUAUGAGCGCGAGAAAAAGCCCUUGGUGUUCUAUGCCAACCACGACAUGCUGUUGGAGUCCGAGCUGUGGAAGAGCUUGCACCGGGUUGGCAUCAUGAAGCUGUACCAGCGGUGAAGGGGGC